AUGGUCAAACCAUCACUCCUAUGGGAGGCCCCUGAGGUCAACCCUAUCAACCACAAAGCCCGCUCUAUACCAGUCUUCAAUGUUAUAAACAUGUACGGGAGAGUCUUCUUCUUUUCGUGGUGGGGUUUCUUCAUCGCCUUCUGGUCUUGGUACGCUUUCCCACCCUUGAUGACCGUCACCAUUCGCCGAGAGUUAGAGAUGACCCAAGCAGAUGUUGGCAAUUCCAACAUCGCUGCCUUGACUGGCACUCUCUUGGUCAGGUUCCUGGCAGGCCCGGCAUGUGAUCGAUUCGGUCCACGGUGGACAUAUAUCGGAAUUCUCGCAAUGGGUGCCAUCCCUACCGCGCUCUCUGGACUGGUGCGCAAUGUACCCGGACUCAUUGCUAUUCGCUUCUUCGUUGGCAUUCUUGGCGGCACAUUUGUUCCCUGUCAAGUCUGGUCGACAGGUUUCUUCGACAAAAAUGUGGUUGGUUCGGCAAACGCACUUAUUGGCGGCUGGGGUAAUGCUGGCGGUGGAAUCACCUACUUCCUCAUGCCUCUCAUUUACGAUAGUCUGAAGGAGGACAGUGGCCUUACUUCUCCACAAGCGUGGCGAGUGGCUUUCAUCGUCCCCUUCAUUCUGAUCACCGCUACGUGCUUAGGCAUGUUCUUCUUCUGCCAGGAUACACCGACCGGCAAGUGGAGCGAGCGUCACAAUGCAGCCAAGCACUUGUUGGCCGCACAUGGCGUUCAGACGUCCGUAUUGGACGCAGGGUCAAGGCCCGUCGAUGCGUCAACCGAUCCUUCGCCUACUCCCAGUGGCGUGGCUACUCCUCGAAAUGACGAGAAAAGGACGGAUGGGUACCCCGAGACCAAGCGCGAUAUCGAGCGUGGCAGUGUCCACGGAAGUAUCACCGCCUCUGUUGCCAAGGAGGCGCAUAUGUCAGAAGAGGAAAUGAUUGCAACGGCUCGUGGUGAGAUCGUCGUGGCGCCAACCUUCAAAGAAGCUUGCAAGGUCUUCUUUUCACUGCAGACGGCAUUCCAUGCAUGCACCUACGUUUGUUCCUUUGGCGGAGAGCUCGCCAUCAACUCCUACCUGGCAUCUUACUAUCUCCGCAACUUUCCGCACCUUGGACAAACAAAUGCGGGACGAUGGGCGUCUAUGUUUGGCCUUCUGAACGUUGUCACCCGCCCAUUGGGCGGAAUCAUCUCCGACCUUCUCUAUGCACGCACCCACUCACUGUGGGCAAAGAAGGCAUGGAUCGUGUUCGUCGGUGUCAUUUCGGGAGCUUUCAACAUCGCCAUUGGCCUAACCGACCCACGCAAUGAGUCCAUGAUGUUUGGGCUGAUCGCAGGCAUGGCGUUCUUCCUGGAGGCUGGCAAUGGGGCUAAUUUUGGCCUCAUUCCCCACGUUCAUCCACAUGCGAACGGCAUAAUCAGCGGUUUCACAGGAGCCGCCGGGAAUCUUGGCGGAGUCAUAUUUGCCAUCCUCUUUCGUUUCCAUGGCAGCGACUACCAGGAGAGCUUCUGGAUCCUGGGCAUCAUGGUGGUUGGAUUCAAUUUGGUGUUCUGCUGGGUGCGUCCUAUCCCGAAGGGUCAGAUCGGUGGUCGUUAG